UCUUUAUCAUUGACAGUUUUGAGAUGGCAGCAUUUGUAGGGAAGCGUAAGUUCCCAUCAGUCACCUGUCAUAACAAGAAAGAUGGGAGAAAAGAAGCGUGUGAUAUUGCUAUGAGACAAUUGGUAGCAGAGGGACAGUUCCAGGCAGAAAAUGCAGCAUCUAAUACAGGCUCUAUCCCUCCAGUGCCUGCUGCCAAUAUGACACAUUUUGACACGGUUGCUGCGCUCACUCACCGUGGGUUCACUGCCCUUGUAUCACAGAUUACCGCUGAAUCUUUUGCUGGUCGUAAAGUUAUAGCUGGACUAGUUAUGAAAAGAUCAGCAGACGAUGUUGGUGUCUUGGUCAGUCUAGGAACAGGUAACAGGUGUAUCACAGGUCAACAAUUGAGUCUCCAAGGUAACACAGUGAAUGACUCGCAUGCUGAGAUCAUAACUAGGCGUGGAUUUUUGAGGUAAUUUAAC